CCCAUUUUCAACAUACAACGACCGAGUAACGUUAGGUAUUACGCAUGUGUAUUUUUGUUUUGAUGUUGUAUCGAAACGACCGGUUAAAUUUUGUUCAAAGCAAGUAUUGCUCUUAUUCCUUAAAUUUAUUUUGAACAUAUUAUAUACAUUUUGCUGUUACAUUAUCGCGUGGCGCGUUGGUUGCUUUGAAUAGUCCGAUCGGUAAAUUCAAAUGACAUCAUGUCUGGCGAAAAAGAUGAACUAGAUUUCUUAAUAAAGUCGUCGGUCCACAACAGGAUGCCUCCGUCAACGGAUGGAUUGUUUUGGAAAAAGAGAAAUGCAAUUUUGUACCUUUUGUUCACCGUAUGUUUGAUGAUCUCAACUAUUGGCAUUAUUGUUUACAUGACAAUGGAUACAUUCCAUCACGUUCAAUAUUCAAAUAUCAUGACGCAUAAUGAUCUAAAUAUCGACACACUAGUUCACUACAAACGGUGUUCCACGGUUAAAUUUAACGCUACGUGGAUUUCGGAUGAAGAUAUUUUAACUGAAGAUGAAACCGGUAAUAUUAUUUCGGUAAACGUCAAAACGAACACCAAAUCUAUUCUAGCGUAUAAUACGAUGCAAAGCGUCCGAGACAACUAUAGAUUUGACCUUUCUGCCGAUAAAAAAUAUCUCUUGGUAGCCUACAACAGAACCAAGACAUACAAGCACUCUUUUUUGGCUUUCUACGACGUAAUAAACGUCAAGACUGGGAGGCAAGUAACGCUGAGAGAUUCAAAUCAUCGGCCUAGACAACUAAUGCUAGCAAAAUGGUCUCCGACCAAAGCCAGUCUGGUAAUAGUUGACAACUACAAUAUAUAUUACAUUUCUUCAGCUGCAAAACCAAAUCACGUCUAUAAAGUAACGUACCAUGGAUCUGAAGAUUAUUACACCGGCGUUCCUGACUGGGUAUAUGAAGAAGAAGUAUUCUCAUCUAACAGCGCUCUUUGGAUGUCCACGUCAGGAAGCCGUUUGGCAUACGCGACAUUCAACGAUACUCUAGUGAAAAAAAUGCAUAUACCUAUGUACGGCGUACCGGACACGUUAUUUGAUCAAUACAGCACCAUAAUCAGCUAUCAUUAUCCUAAGGUGGGUACACCCAAUCCGGUAGUGGAACUAUUCGUGUCACCAUUAGACGUUAUAAACGAUCUACCUCCAAAGCAAAUACAGCCGCCAUCGAAUUUCACUAACGAAGUCAUAUUGAAAAACGUAUUCUGGUCUGAUGAUUCAACUCUGUUUGCUCUAUGGAUGAACCGAAUUCAAAACGAGGCCCGACUAGUCCGUUACGUUAUAAACGACACUGUCGAAAUAGAACAUAUAACCGAAUUUCGUGAACCUAACGGUUGGCUGAGGUUAGAAGAAUCCACUCUUAUCGGUCCAGAACACCAAGUGGCUGUUAUAAACCCGACUACCCAGGCGGACGGUGAUAAUUACCAUCACGUUUGUGUAAUUGAUCAAGACGGUAAAAUGUGGCCGUUGACCAGUGGCCAGUUCGCCGUCGUGGAGCUCAUCAAAUGGGACGCUGCUUCGAAUUAUAUAUAUUAUUUAGCGACCUUAGAAAACAAACCAGAGGAACAGUACAUGUACCGAGUAAAGGUUAAACCGAAUAGUAUUCCAAAGUGUUUGACGUGCCACACAGCAUGCACGUACAAUCUUGCGGCAAUAAGCAAAGAUAGUACUUAUUACGCUCAUACAUGCGCAGGACCUGAUAUUCCGGAAGUCAACAUUAAGAAAAUAAAUGGCGAACACGCGAUGAAAUGGGACGAAAAUAACGAAUUGAAACGGAAAUUGCGCGACACCACCUUACCCCAAGUGAUUUUCAAGACGGUCCCUCUGACAGACGGCUUUGAAGCUCGAGUUAGGCUAAGACUACCGCCAGCUCUUCAAAUGUCUCCUGACAAAACGUACCCGUUAUUGGUACACGUGUACGGUGGACCAGAUUCGAACUUGGCGCUGAGCAAAUUCGUAUUUGACUCAAACACAUAUUAUAGUGUUCAUCAUGAUUUUAUCAUAGCAGAGAUAGACGGUCGCGGAUCUGGGCGAACAGGUGACAGGAUUUUAUUCGCAAACUACAAGCACUUUGGGACGGGUGAAAUACAAGAUCAAAUUAUUGUCGCUAAAUAUCUUCAAAAUAACUUGCCUUACAUAGACAAAUCGAGGACUGCUAUUUGGGGAUGGAGUUAUGGCGGUUAUGUGGCAGGAAUGACUUUGGCCAAAGACGAAGAAAACAUUUUUAAAUGCGGAUUAUCCGUUGCUCCGGUUACAGAUUGGAUGUAUUACGACACGAUUUACACAGAAAGGUUUAUGGGGUUGUUUGAGGACAAUUUCGAGGGUUACAGAAAUUCCAGCUUGAUAUAUAAUGCGAAAAAUAUGAAAGGCAAAGACUACAUGCUCAUUCAUGGCACUCUGGACGAUAAUGUACACUUCCAGAACACUGCCAUGUUGUCCAGCGAAUUACAGCACAACGGUAUACUUUUCCAGCAACACGUAUACAUAGACAAUGUACAUGCUUUGACCAAAGUCCAAAAUCAUCUCUACAUGACCAUUUCACAGUUCUUGACGAAAUGUUUUCGAAAGCACAAAUAAAUGAGGACAACUGAAAAAUGUUUGGCAAACACAUCAGGCCCGAUUAUUUUUUAUUCUUCAGCGAAUAUUAUUUUAAUAUAUUUAUACCUACCUUUAUAAAAACAAAAU